UAGAGUUUGCUAAUUUGGUAGACUGGUAGUAAAUGUCUGUCUGAUCAUUUGGAAAUAGACAAAAAUGGUUGACAUCGUUGUCGUAACGGUUGCCUUUGUCGUUAUCGCUGUCGCCGUGUAUUUUUGGCAGCAAAGAUCCACGGUGAAAUUCCCUCCCGGUCCAAUGGGAUGGCCCAUUCUGGGGAAUCUGGAUUUUUUCCUCUCACCCGGUCCGCGACGGCAUUUCAAGUUCCUGGAGACGGGACGGAAAUAUGGCGGAAUGUUUCGCAUAAAAAUCGGCCUACUGAACAGCGCGUGUAUUACAUCCUAUCGGCUGUUUCGGGAAGCCACAAUCGAAAAGGCUUGGUCAUUCGCGGAUCGUCCACAUGACUUGCGGUUCCCAGAAUUAGAUACCGGAAUUUUAACAAGCGGCGUGGACGAUGUCUCCAAAGAAAUCCGCCGUUUCACCUUGGUCAGUCUGCGCAGUUUCGGAUUCGGUAAGACCGACAUGCAGAACAUCAUCCUCAACGAAGCCGAUCUCCUGGUUGAGGAAUUCCGGCGAACCAACGGAUCACCGUUCAACCCGCGCAACGCACUGACCACGGCGACGGCCAAUAUCAUUUCUGCGCUGCUGAUUGGUAAACGCUUCCACCAUGAGGAGGCGGGGUUUAGUUUCAUUGGCGAGAAAAUGAGUGAGGCGCUCAAGUUGGUCAAUUCGGCAAUGCUGGUUAGCGCAUUUCCUUGGCUGCGGUUGUGGCCGCACAAAGACUACCGCGUGUAUCUUGGGAAUUUUCGCGAUACCAAGACGUUUAUUCGCGGACUGAUCAAAGAGCAUGAAUCGACACGAGUACCGGGGAAUCCGCGGGAUUUCGUGGAUGCUUGGUUGGAUCACGGGGAAUCGGAUAAGAAUACCAAGAAUAUGUUCACACGUGACCGGCUGCUGUCGGUGUUGAUUGACCUUUUUGGCGGAGGGUUCGAUACGAGCGCAACCACGUUGCAAUGGGCUCUUUUACUGCUGCUCCACCAUCCCGAUGCACAGGACCGCAUCCACCGGGAAAUGGACGAAGCCGUGGAGAAAACUCAACAAAUCACCUGGGAUGACCGCGAUAAACUGCCCUACACGGAGGCCUUCAUGUGGGAGACGCUGCGACAGUAUCCGGUAUUCCCCUUCACCGCACCGCAUCAGUCCACGGAAACAGCGAAAAUCGGCGACUAUGAAUUCCCGCCCGGCUCUCGCAUCAUGUUCCACCUGUUCUCCAUACAUCGUGAUCCGGAGUUGUGGGAGGCACCGGACGAUUUCCGGCCCGAACGCUUCCUGGAGAACGGUAAACUGAAAUUGCCCGAUUUCCAUGUGGUGUUUUCGGCGGGACGGCGCUCGUGUAUCGGAGAGCAGCUGGCGCGGAAAGAAGUGUUCCUACUGUUUGCCAAUUUAUUGCAUAAUUUCAAAGUGAUACUACCGGCGGGGAUCAAGCAACCCGGUCCGCUAACCAUGAACCGGGGGGUCACGCUGCAACCGUCACCCUACGGCACGGCGGUUCUUCCUCGGUGAUAACAUUAUGUUUAUUGCUGAAUCCUGGACCCUGAAAUCUGGCCGCCCAAUGUUUUUGUUAGGGAAUGGAUGUACUGAAUCCUGUUUCUGUCGCUGAUGCGCAUUCCUGAACUGUAUGUUAUUUUGUUGACAGUAUUUGCCCAAUGUGUACUUUUUCUGCGAGUGAAUGCUUGCUGUGCUUUACUCUGUACUUGCAUUAUUGUGGAGGGACUACUUUUCCGCUGAAGUUUUUAACUGACCGUGUCUGCAAAUCUCGAUAAGGAGUGAUUCCUUGUAUUUGCAGACGUUAAGCAUUAA